UCAACGAUUCUGCAAAAUUAUCUUCAUUUUUAUCGGGCUCCGGGUUUCGUUUUGCUAGCGAAAUUAUAUUCCGUUCCUGAUUGUAUCGCUGUAACUGUGAAUGAAACGAAGAUAAGUAUUAAAAUCUCUACUGCUGAAGUUCUGUGAAAGAACCCGAAUGCAACCGGGCUUCUUCAUUGAUAAAGUGGACUAAGACCGUUUACUUCAACAGACGACAUUUUAGCAGACGACAAAUUUCCCAGCAUGCAAAGGGUUAACGAAGACGACAAGCUCGGAAUAACAUAAGAAUUCCCCUGAAGUUGCUGGCAACCACAACAGUAUACGUUUCACAAGAAUAAUUGGACUUACAUAGAAAUUAAUCACUUUUUACGUGUGUUCAAAUGAUGAAAUAUUAACCAUUUAAUCGUACAUAAAUUUCCCGUGCGUUGUAGUAGUAUUAGGAAGUAUUAACACUUGUGAGUGCUCUAAGCUCCCGACUAUGUUGUAUAAAGUACCGGAAGCCGGAGAGAAUCAGACCUACCACAAGAAAAUAGAAGCUGACGAUAGCUACGACAAACUUUACACAAAACAGGAAACGGCGUCACCUGACAUCAGCGCGGACACAUCGGGUAUGUUCUCCGCGUCACUCCCAAACAUGACGUCGUCCCCCACUUCUUCACCAUCGUAUCAGGACGCUCAGUCGGUGAACAACCUCGGCUACCCCAGCUCCAUGUACGUCCCGGGCUCGCGCUCGGUGCUUCCGUCCAUGCAAUACCUCAGCAACACAAAUCAAAUGUCGUCUGCCUCGUUCUGGGGUAUGCAACCAUCCGACCUGGGAUACUCACAUGGCGCUAACUCGGGUUCCCAACUCUCAAAGCCGUUCGCGUCGUUUGACGGCACUCAGACGUCCACCGCCACGUCACCGACGUCGCGAACCGAUGGGAUGGCGUACCCAGUACCCGGAAGUAUCUCCCGACCGAAUCCCUAUCCGUCAUACAUGGGUGCCGCCGAUAUCUCGCCGUGGAGCAUGGCGAUUCAACAGGGUCUUCACAGAAUCGGAUCAGACGGCCAGGAGUACUUCGCGGAUAUGGAGGCCCGGGAAUGCGUCAACUGCGGAGCGAUCUCGACCCCCCUCUGGCGGCGAGAUGGGACCGGUCACUACCUGUGCAACGCCUGCGGACUAUACCACAAGAUGAACGGAGGCCUGAACCGGCCGUUGCUGAAGCCGCAGUCCAAGCGCUUGGGCGACGGCAAUGAUUACCAGUCGUUCUACCCGAGCCAUCCGUACAUGACGGGCAUGGGGCCGUGGAUGAACAACGGGCAGUUUAUCAACCGAGGCAAGAGCGCAUCCCGGCGUGUAGGUUUGGCAUGCGCUAACUGCCACACUACCACAACGACCCUCUGGCGGAGAAACAGCGAGGGCGAACCCGUGUGCAACGCCUGUGGACUCUACUACAAACUGCACGGGGUUAACCGGCCACUUGCCAUGAAGAAAGACGGCAUUCAGACGCGCAAACGGAAACCAAAGAAUGUUAAGACAUCCAGCGGGAGUGGAGCCGGAAACUCUACCGAGAACGUGACCAUAAAAACCGAAAGCAACGAAAAGCGACACUCAGUUUCCCCGGCUGUAGACAACAACAAUGCUUCUCACGACGUCAGCAGCGGCGACAACGCAAUUUCCGGCAGAAUGCAGCACCACAUGGCGUCAUAUUCGGUCAGCAAAACCGACCGCGAAAGUCCAAAAGCCGCUCACAACGGCUACGCGUCCUCGUUUUUGACCCUCACCCCACCGAAAGGCCUCGGCGACUCACUGGACAAGGACGGACACUACCAGCACUUAAACGCGCAUGCGCAGCAACUGUACACGAGUAACCAAGCAACCGGACUAAACAUGGGAAUUGUUGCGUCCUAAGACGUUAACUUUCUACCGUGCGCACAACUGUUCGAACCAGCAUUAGCAGAACAUGAAAUCUAUUGAAAGGCAGUAAACUUCUUCGAGUUUAUAUUUAAUGAAAAGGUGAAAGGGCUAAUGGUUGCCACCUAUGUUUUCAUAAUUUCAGAUGAACGGAGUUCCAAUGCAAUGUGCCUACGGAUCUGACAUUAUGUGUUCUUAUACUUCAGUAUUAUUAGUGAGCAUCUUUACACCAGUGGCUUUCUUGUUAGAUGCACGAGCUUACCUGAUGUUAAUCCGGAAUGGGAGUUUCACGUGUAUCUUGUUGUAAAUAUCAUCAAUUUAUUGACAGCUGCAUAAUAGUGUCUGCUCUUUGCGUUUGUUUUUAACCCAUUUAUGCCUAGUGGACUCUCACAUCCUUCUAAAUUGGAUCAAUUUAUUUCAAAAAUUAGGGAUGUCUAGUAUAUUUAUUUCUAUAUUUAGAAUAUUUCUUACAGAAAUUCCUUUAAGCAACCAGCGAAGACCCAGAUGAGACGCCGCAUCAUGCGGCGUCUCAUCUGGGUCUACGCUGUUUGCCAAGUCCUUUUUUCUAGACGCUAGGCAUAAAUGAGUUAUAUGUCUGUUACUGGAUUUAUGUAUAAGCAUUAUUUGUUUCCUAAAAAUAUUAUUCAAUAGUAAGUAAGACUUAGUAAAUUUAAUGUCAUUUUCAGAGAGGGAAUUUUACGUAUUGUUCAAACCAUUUUUGGCGAUGUUUCAAGCUUUGAAACAUUGCUAGAAAAUAAAAAUAAUAUUAAGUAUUGAAGUUUAUUGGAAAUAAAAGGCAAUACAAUUUUUCUAUGAGACAUAUGUUAAAAGCAGCGCAAUUAACAUACUUAUAGUAUUAAUAAUAUAGUUUAAUUAUUUGAAAGAGUUCAAUAAUUUAAUUCAGUGCUCCAGCUAGGAUUUGAAAAGGGCAGGGGGGCUUUUUUGUCAAAAGGGCACUUUCGACGCGCAGUAUUUUGUCAAAAGGGCACUUUCGACGCGCAGUAUUUUGUGAAAAGGGCACGUACGAGCGCGCGGGUGUUUCUGGAAUGCUUCCUAUUGCAUGUGAAUUUAUAUGUUAUAAAUAAUUGUAUUAUUCCCAUUAUUAUUAAACCAUUUAGUAUAAUGUCUACAAUGAGGAUUAAAGUAAUUACAUUGUAAUAAGAG